AUGGUCGACCUCGGCGGCUCCCUAGCAGUAGCCUCCCGCGGCCUCUUCGCAACCGGCGUAUCAACCGAUCUAAACGUAACCUACCUCUCCUCAGGCGGCAAGAUCGGCGACUUGAUCAAGGCCGAGGUGACGUGUGACAAGUUCGGUAAAACACUCGCUUUCACGUCCAUAAACUUCAGCAACAGCAAGGGAGAGGUCUUCGCCAGGGGAAGUCAUACCAAGUACGUUGCGUUGGCGUGGAAAGACCCAAACAACACCGUCGAGGAGCUUUCGCCAAAGCCGGAGAAGAAAGAGUAG